CCCCCUACUACCCUGCCCGAACAACACGCCUGGCGGAAGUCUCCAUUCUUGGAGGCACACAUAUACACAACUUACCUCCCCCCCUCUCCAACUCUACGCUUGCUCUCUGUUGUUUCGCUGACUAGGGUAGUAUGCCUACCUUGUGGCAGGACCUAACAGGCGGCACGGUCGGUGGAGUCAUUGGGGUGACCGCGGUUUGCCCUCUCGACACGGUAAAAAGCAGGUUGCAAACGGGGGGCAGGUACUUGGGCACGGUUCAAGUCUUGUCCUCCAUGGCCGUACACGAAGGGGUGCGGGUCGGGAAUGGGCGAGCGGCACCCUACUCCUGGAGCGGCGCGUGUGCAGUGCACCUAGUGCGAAGGUAUUUGGAUCUGUACCUCCGAGGUUUCGCUGACCUUGUUACAGCAGUUCGUGGAGGACAAGGUGGACGACGCUACCGUACGUUGCAUAAGACAUCACAACCCCUGGACCGAUUUUCAAACGCGAUUACUCGGCAGGAAAGGCAGUGACAGUGCCGAAAAUAACGCCGUUGGAUUAACCUCGUCAAGAUGUUGCCGAAACGCAUGGUUUGGUUUUGACACCCUC